AUGGAUGACAAUUCAGCUCAAGCCAAAGUUGUUCUGCUUGGAGAAGCAGGUGUUGGUAAAUCUAGCAUUGUAUUGCGAUUUGUAGCAGAUACUUAUCACAGUGACAUUGAGCCUACAAUAGGAGCCUCAUUUCUUUCAAAAAUCGUGAAUCUAAGUGAAGGGACUAUAAAAUUUGGCAUAUGAGACACAGCAGGACAGGAGCGAUACCAUUCUUUAGCAAGAAUGUAUUAUGCAGAAGCAGUUGCAGCUAUCCUAGUCUAUGAUAUCACAAACAGAAAAUCUUAUGAAGCAAUGAAAAAUUGGCACAAAGAGUUAGUUGAGCAAGGACCCAAAAACCUAAUUGUUGCAAUUGCAGGAAAUAAAGAAGAUUUAGUUGAAAAAGAACAAGUCGAAAUGGAAGAAGCCAAAAGCUUUGCAGAGUCUAUUGGAGCAAUUUAUAAAAAAACAAGCGCAAAAACGAGAUAUGGGAUUGAACAAUUAUUUAAAGAAAUUGCUAUUAAAAUUAAGGAUAACAGAAGUAUAGUGACAAGAGAGAAAAGAGGCUCUAUUAGAGUGACGUCAGCUGUAAGCCAGCAGCCUGGAGUUGCUUACUUACUUACUUAAUUAUCUGGUGUUUAAGGUGUCUAGUGCCGCAGCCCAAAAAGGACCUAUGGCAAAACUAGUGACGUAGGCGAGCCAUCUUGGAACAGGUCAGCCCUGGCCAAGCCUUCUAUCAACUCCUGCUUCACCAGCCUUGCUGCACGUCUCACCCGGCGCGAUGCCGUCGCCCUUGUCUCGAAUCAGCUCCUGCGCGUGUUCCGCCUAAGGGUCAUCUUCCCGUGGAGAUGUGCUGAGAGGUAAAACCCCGAAUCUUGAGAGGACUGAGGAGCAGUUCCUCUGGUUAUCCCCAGAGUUAAACCGCUAUUGCUGUCCAGAAGUUCUCGAGUGAAAACCUAACCCUAUAAAUAAAAUUCCAUGAGGGAGAGAAAAUUAGCAGAGCUAAUUUCUCUCGAACUGAAUGCCAUUUUAUUUAUAUGCCUGGAGUUGCAAAAGAAAAAAAAUGCUGUUCAUAA